UACGCAAUGCGAAAUCUCGUGAAGGAACCACAUGGGAUUUCCAUUGUCUAGCGUUUGAACGCCAACCUCGUUUGAAAUUUCCUGUCACCACCCCAAAAAUCACGAGCCAAUCUUGUCCAAAAUGA